AUGAUAUCCCGUGUCUUGCUCUCUAAUCUGUCUUCUUGUUUGCUCCAAAAGCUUUAUUCCUUUCAUCUGUCUCGAAACCCUUUCGAGCUUCAGUUUUCAGACACAAGAACAAGCUUUAGCUGAAUCGCUCAGCUCCAUAAUUCUUUAAUUCCUCACCCAUUUGAUCGAGGUAAGGGCUCGUGGACUUUGAUUUUCUCGAAAUUUUGGUUCAUCUGUGAAAUUAGGGCUUUUAGAGAGAACUACAAAUUCCCUCUUGUAUGCUAUUUCAAUCUUCCGUUCCAAUUGGUGUUAUGGAGAUGUGUUCGUUCGAUAUUAUUAUGGAGUCGAGAAGAUAGGGGUUAAUUAUUGCUUUUUUUGGCCUCUCUUUCGUCGAUGAAUUUGGGUUUCUAGUAUAUUAAAUUAUUUCUGGAUCUCGGAGGAAACAUAGGGGAUCUGGAUUAAUAUUUAUUUUCUUCUGUCGGGGUAGAAGCUCAAGGUUCUUGCUGAAGAUUAUUGAUGAAGAGUUAGGGAGUAAGGUUAUUUCUGAGGUCGAUUUGUAAGAAAUAUGUUAUUCAAGAACGGAUGUAGUAGUUUUUUUUGUUCUUAAUCGCAGUUUGGUUAUUAAAAAAUGUGGAUUUUGGUAUAAUUUGACUAGUGGUUGGAUUUCUGAGGGAUUAGCUCUGAGAUUUUCUUCUGUUGUUAUUUGAUCUCAAAUGGACAACGGGGAAGAAAGAUAUCCUAUAUCCAAACGUUACAGUGGGAACCAUCGGGAAAGCUUUGGUUCUCUACCGCGUCAAAAGAUUCCUUUCCGGGAUCCUUCUUAUUCAAGGCCAGUAAGCAAUCAGUAUGUAGAUGAUGAUGUUGAAGAUGAUGAGGAAGAGGAUGGACUGGGGGAGGAAGAGGAUGAAAAUUAUCAGAACAAUGGUUUUGCUCACACAAGCGAAGAAGUUGAUGAUGGCGAUGACGAGGAUGAUUUUGAUAUGGACGAAGACAACAAGCCAAACAAUACUGUGAAAUUGGAUGAUGCUGAUUUGGAAAGACACCCCAAGAAGCGACGGCUGAAGAAUUUGGUAUCCAAUUAUGAACUUGCUCCUCGUAUGCCACCACCAUCAUCUACUACUCCGGCACAAAAAUCAUUUAUUGGGGGUAGGAAUUCAUUGACAGAUUGGAAUGAACAUGAAACAGUUGUACUUCUAGAUGCCUGGGGCGAACGGUUUCUUCAACACGGAAGGAAAAGUCUCCGAUCUGAGGAAUGGCAAGAGGUUGCUGAGAAGGUGUCGGAGGUCUCUAAGAUUGAGAGGACCGACACACAAUGUCGCAACCGCCUUGAUACAUUGAAGAAGAAGUAUAAAAAGGAAAAAUCGAAAUCAACAGAAAUAGGUGGAUCCACAAGCAAGUGGGUUUACUUUAAGAAGAUGGACAUGUUAAUGUCUUCACCCCCAAACCAAGGUGGUCUGUCAUGUGGGUUAGAUUCAGGGGAGUAUGUGUUCAUGAACCCUAGAGCUUAUCUGAACCGUGCAAAUGGGUUUGAUGAGAUGAGAGAUAGCCCCGAUAACUCAGAAUCUGAUGAUUGCGAGGACGAUGAACUUGAUGGGCUUCCACCAAAGAAAAGAAUGUACGGGAGAAACAGUGACGAUGGCUCUUCUUUCAGGAUGCUGGCAGACUCCAUUCACAAGUUCAGUGAGAUCUAUGAGAAAAUAGAGAGCAGCAAAAGACAUGAAAUGAUGGAGUUAGAGAAGAUGCGGAUGGAUUUCUUAAGAGAUUUGGAGUUACAGAAGAGGCAGAUAAUGGAGAGAGCCCAAGCAGAGAUCGCGAAAAUUAGGCAAGGCGAUGAUGACGAAUACGGUGCCUCUGCCAAGAGUGCCAGUGGAUAAUGUAAUCUUAAUACACAAUCUUGCUUGUUUACUAUUUCUUAGUAUGCUGUUAUUGAUCACUCGCUGUCUGUAUAAUAUAUGGGAGGUGCCUGCCCCCUAUUUGAUUUCUAAUCAGUGCAAUAUAUUAGAUGGAACCGUUCUUACUUUUUUUGACAACAAAUAAUAGAAUUACAGGAUCAUGAUCCACUUCAUCUA